CAGGGUCAACCCCUUUCAGAUUUGCAAUAUGAUCUUCGACUUGAUCGGCCGUCUGGCCGUCACAUACAUCAACUUUGUCGCCAGCAUCGGCGUCUACCUUGCAGUGGCCGUAUUCUGCGCCGCUGGCAAUUCCACCAUCACCACGGCCGUCCUGGCCCUGGCUCAGCGCGGAAUCAAUGCGUUGACACAGAGCCUCAGCGGUGUGGUGCUCAUUGUCAAGAGCAUCUUCACCAACGAGACCAGCCCGCAACUGAUUCGUUAUCUUGUCAACCACCUUUAUGAGCUGCUCACAUUCACCUACGAUCUCAUCCGCCCCUCUGGUGUCAUCACCACCGGCGUGGCUGGAGAGGCUCCUGUCAACCCGUUCUGGGAGCUCGACCCAGCACUCAAGGAGAACCGCCAGGCCAUCAGCGCCCAGGUCCAGCGCGUGCUCCUCUCGAUCCGCAACAUCAUCUUUCUGGGCACCCAACGCACCAUCCCAAAGUCGCUCGCCGACGUGCCGAUGAACAUCCGGCUCGCCAGCGACUUUGACGCCUCCGGCAAGCCCCCCUCGCCCAUCUACGUCGCGGGCCUCAACGGCGGCGUGACUGCCGCCCUGCGCGAGGAGAAGUGGAUCUACAUCAACGGCAUCGGCAACGAGCGGGUGUGGUUCGAGAGCGCGUGCCGCAAGCUCCGCGACGCGUUCAACCGCGAGAUCACGGGCGUGUACAACCGCAGCGACGGGAUCCUGUGGGACAUGAUCCAGUGCUUUGGGGAGCACUCUACGGUGGGCAACGCGCAGGGCGCUGCAGCCGACAACAGCCUGAUCCAGCGCACCGAGUCGAGCGUGGCCGCGCAGAGGGCCCUCGAGGACGAGAUCCGCAAGGCGCUCUGGCCGGCGGACGGCUCGGUGCCGCCCAAGAAGGUCGUCCUCGUGUGCCACUCGCAGGGCUGCCUGCUCACCCGGCUCACCCUGCAGGCGCUGGUGCAGGAGAACGCCAAGGGCUCCCAGCGCCGCGCCGACAUGCGCGAGCGGCUGCGCGUGUUCCCCUUUGCCAACCCCAGCAUGGACUGGUGCGUCUCCGACAACGGCGUCAAGUUCCUCGGCAACUACGCCCAUACCACGGAGCACUUCGCCCACAAGGUCGACUUUGUCGCCAUGCUGGGCGUCGUCUCGCACAUGGCCGACCCAAAGUCCGGCUUUGACAACGAGACGUCCGAGGUGUUCCUCAGCAAGGGCGGCGUUGGCCACCUCUUUGGCGCGCACUACUCGCUCGACCCAGGGGACUACGAGAACAGCGAGGGGUCCAAGCUGUUCAAUGCUCUGGGUGGUGUGCCCAUUGCCUAGUCAAGCAGAACUCCUCAAACGUGUCUGAAAUCAUGGGAUCCGCUUGUCGAACGCUACCUUGUUGAAGACUUUUUAAUGAUACAGGGCCGUGUCAAGAUCUCACCUAAGAAACUGGAAUGAUAGUUAUCUUGUGCUGUAUGUCAAUCAGGCCUCUAGGGUCAUAUCAAUCCUGGGCGGCAUAAUCUCAAGGCCUCAUAGGUAGCCAAACUUUGAACCCGCCUUAUCC